UGCCUAUGAAGUCGGCAGAUGAUAAUGAUAUAGAGGUUAAAAUUUGGGAGAAGUAAUAGAAGAACUCGAACCGGAACCAGAAACUGAAAUAGUAGAUAGAGUAGAAGAGCAAUUAAAUACUGACAACAUGGAUGGUGAUAGCAAAAAAUCACAAUCAUACAGUAAUAGAAGAGUAAAACAUGGUUACAUAAAGUAUAUAAGUUUGGUUAUACUGACAGUACAGAAUGCUGCCCUUGGGCUUAGUAUGCGAUACGCUCGAACCAGGCCAGUCGCAGAAAUGUUUUCUUCAGCUGCAGCGGUGCUGAUGGCUGAAGUUUUUAAACUAGUCAUUUGUAUCUGUCUUGUAACACAAGAAUCAGGUGGAAUUAAACAGGGAAUGAGGUCUAUGUAUAACAUAGUCAUUUUAAACAUUAAAGAUACAUUGCGUGUUUGUGUGCCAUCAUUUCUGUAUAUUGUACAGAAUAACUUAUUGUAUGUAUCUGCAUCUAACUUAGACGCGGCUACUUAUCAGGUUACAUAUCAAUUAAAGUUACUUACAACUGCAUUUUUUGCUGUCCUUGUUUUAAAAAAGCAACUAAAGAAAUGGCAAUGGUGCGCACUGGCGUUGCUGGCGGCUGGUAUAGCUCUUGUCCAGCUGUCUUCAACAGAGAAAUCAACUUCAACAAAUACAUCAAAUAUGCCAGAACAGUCUAAGAUAUUAGGAUUCAGUGCCGCACUUGCUGCUUGUUUCUUGUCUGGGUUUGCUGGUAUUUACUUUGAAAAAGUCCUCAAGGAGUCUGAUGUAUCGGUGUGGAUGAGGAACGUCCAACUAAGUCUAUUGUCACUGCCCUUCGGUACUGCUACAUAUCUAAUCAAAGAAGGGACCUCAGAAUAUUUGUUAAAAGGCUUUGAUGGCUUCGUUUGGUACUUAAUAGUAUUACAGGCCGCGGGUGGAUUAAUAGUAGCUGUUGUUGUUAAAUAUGCUGAUAACAUAUUGAAGGGUUUCGCAACUUCCGUCGCAAUUAUUAUAUCUUGUGUAGCAUCAAUGUACAUAUUUGAUUUUGUUUUAACGUUACAGUUUGCUUUUGGCACAAUGAUGGUCAUAGGAUCUAUCUUCCUGUAUGGCUAUGUUCCUAAAAAGCCUGAACCGCGGACAUCUUUAAGUGUAUGAAUGUUUUAGUUAUAAAAUCAUUAUUAUAAUAUUAUAAUGACUAUAUAUACUUUAAGUGAAAGAAAUACAUAUUUUACAAUGUAGUUAGGCAAAUGAAUUUAACGACAUUGAAUUAUUAUUUUUAAAUUAAUAGUACAUACUAUUCCAGGGAAGUACAACUAUAAGUAUUUAUAGAUUUAAAAAUACAAACCAACUGGGGCCAGCUUAUUAAUUUAUGAAUAAUGAACAUUUGUGUGAAAAAUGUUGUGUGCCCCUUACCAAAAUGGAUAUAGAAUGAGGUAAUAGUAUUUAUCCCUGUAUUUUUAUGUGCACACUUAUCUAUAGCAUCUUAUACAUCAAUAGAUUUUAAUUACAAAAAAAUACAAUAUAAACGGAGUAUGUCAAAAUAUAUUAUAAAUAAGCAAUCAGAA